UAUUCUUGCCACUAGUUUCAUACUAGCCUACGUCGCUGAUAUCACCAGGAGAACGCAGUGUCAUGGUCACUCUAUUAUUCCCAUUCUACCAGCUAUAAUAACCUAAUGGAAAAAGUAGAGAGGUUACGAGGUAAUCUGAGAGUAAAAAUAUCUUCAGAAGAUUGUGUUUCCCAGCUGACGAGGACUGGCUGAGGAUGAUGAAGAUGACGCAUAUACAGGGGACACACCAGCAGUGUCAGGGGCUGCAGGGACCUCUGUGAUUGUUGACCCUACCUCAUCCCUGAUCUCCCCAGCUCUGCAGGGGCUCACCAUGGCCACUCGGAGGACACCCUUGGUCCAAACCAGCUUGGUCAAAGACUUUAACCACUUCAUUACCUGCUACCUGUGCAGAGGUUACCUGAUCAAACCCACCACGGUCACGGAGUGCCUGCACACAUUUUGUAAGAGCUGCAUCAUCCAGCACUUUGAAGACAGUAAUGACUGUCCCAAAUGUGGCAUUCAAGUCCACGAAACGAACCCUCUAGAGAUGCUAAGGUUGGACAAUACUCUUGAGGAAAUCAUUUUCAAGCUUGUGCCUGGAUUACGAGAAAAAGAGGGACAGCAGGAGAUUGAUUUCUGGAGGAAGAAUAAGUCAAAAGAAAAUUCACAAGGAGAUGGCCUUGGGUCAAAGAAGCUUGGGCUCAGUGAUGAGGAUGAUGAUGAAGAUGACCAGGAUUACCACAGGAGCGACCCCCAGAUAGCCAUCUGCCUCGACUGUCUCCACAACAAUGGCUAUGCUGCAGACAACACAGUGAAGUGUUUAUUGAAGAAGUUCAUUCAUUGCUCUAGUCGAGUCACAGUGGGAACCAUCAAGAAGUUUCUCAGUCUAAAGUUAAAGCUUUCUAGCUCUUGUGAGCUGGAUGUGCUGUGUAAUGGGGAGAUCAUGGGGAAGGACCACACUCUGGAGUUCAUCUACAUGACCCGCUGGAGGCUGCACAGUGACCAUAGAUAUCCCAUGGUCCUGGAGUACAGGCCACGAAUAGACUUUGGCUGAACGAAGCCCUGGAAGCCUUCAUAGACAAACAAAGCAAGGACUGGAUGUACAUGCAGCCAAGGCCAGGAACUCUGUCCUUCCAAACCUUUCUGAACUUCUCUACAUUUGACCAUUUGUUUUUUCUUUCUCAUUUGGUUUCAUUUAGUUGCGUCCUUCGUUGUUGAACAUUCUGUGUCCUUCGUUGUUGGAACAUUCUGUGUCCUUCGUUGUUGGAACAUUCUGUGUCCUUCGUUGUUGGAACAUUCUGUGUCCUUCGUUGUUGGAACAUUCUGUGCUUGUGGCCAAAGUGAUCUUCAAGACAAGUAACGAAAGACUAGCUUAGCUGAAACAUGGGUGUAUGAAUAUAUCAAAGUUGUAUUUACUCCCAACUCCAAGGGCUUCCACCCAAUGCCUGACUAAAACAUGUUUUAUGUCCUUUAUAAAUGCACAUAACAUAUCCACAGAUUUGCCCACCAUCAAUCAAUUAGGGAAAUUUGCCUGUGACAGGGCACCUUAAUAAUGUUGUCAACAAGUUUCAAAGAGUCUAAACCGAAGCCCAUUCGUCUUCAUUCUGUUCCAUGCUCAGUUAAUAACCAGUCUGACAAGCUGCUGAAAUCUACAAACGCUCUCUGGCAGAGGCUGGGCAACCUGCAGGAUUGGGAGAGAAACAUUAAGCCUCUCUCUCUCUUUCUCUGUCACACACACUCAACCCAUACUGCGGUGUGAUUACCCUGGCUCCUGCCAAUCUCAGACUUGUGCUAAUAGCUUUUUUGGCCCCAUUCUGAGUGAGGAGGUAUUACAUUUCAGUUUUUCAGAUUGAUCAUAGUAUGUUUAGACUAGAGAUCUACUAUCUUACAUGUUUUUAAAGGGAAACUAAUGGUGUGUACAUUUCAUAUUGUUACUAGACCUUUGAUCUCAAUGUGUUUUAUGAAAUAGAUGACAUUACAACAUGAGAGUAAGAUAUAUGUAUUAUGGAUCUUGGAUAUAUUUGAUCACAGAACAUCUUUGUGCACUGUACGAGCUGGUUGGCCAUAAAGCUUAUUCUAUUACCGUUGAGGUGUACUGAAGUGGUCUCUUUCAGAGUAAUUCAGUAUAGAGAGUAUACGGUAUCUGCUUCCUUACGUAGUCAUCUCAUGUUUAGCCUCUGUUGAUAUGAUUUAUAUGUGAAGAACAUUGAGGUGAAGACACGCUGUCCAUCUGCUGAAAAAUAGGAUGUAUUUUGGAAACAUGUACAUAUUCUUAUUGGUUAAUGUGUUAUGCUGCUUAGAAUAUAUUUUUGAAAUGUUCUGCCUCAAUGAUUCUUGAGAGCUGUGAAGAAAAAUAGUUCAUAUCUGUAUUUGAUUUAUAAUUAUUAUUCAUGAAUAAAUUAAAUGUUUUGUA